GUGUCCAAAAAAAGACUCGCUUCUGCAAAAAACUACAGGAUGAUCAAGAAGAGAAAGGGUUUACGAUUAAUUGAUGCACUUGUAGAAGAGAAACUGCUUUCAGAAGAAACGGAGUAUCUGCUACGAGCACAAUUUUCAGUGAAAAGAUCCAAGAUGAACAGGAUAACUCGAUCAACAGGCUCCAUGGUUGGAUAUUAUCCUCUGAACAAACUCGGUUAAAAUGUGAUUGUGUUUGAAUUUUGGCGCCUUAUGCAUUAUAUCCAAAUGCUGUGAUCGAUACCUGAAAAUGUUACUGUACACAUUUUUCAUCACAAAGAAUAAAUUUAUUUUAACAGAUUUUAAGUGGGAGUUGUAUAACUGGAGAGAAACAGCCGAGUACUCCACAGAAAUGAAGCAGUUUGCAUGCACCCUCUACUUGUGCAGUAGCAAAGUCUAUGAUUAUGUAAGAAAGAUUCUUAAGCUGCCUCAUUCUUCCAUCCUCAGAACAUGGUUGUCCAAAUGCAAACCUGGUCCUGGUUUCAACAGUAGCAUUUUUUCUUUUCUUCAACGGAAAGUAGAGGAUGGAGACCAGCGAUAUCAGUAUUGCUCACUGAUAAUAAAAGGUGUCUCUCUCAAGCAGCAGCUUCAGUGGGACCCCAGCAGUCACCACUUGCAAGGGUUCAUGGACUUCGGUCUUGGCAGACUUGACGCUGACGAAACGCCACUUGCCUCAGAAACUGUUUUGCUCAUGGCAGUGGGUAUUUCCGGUCUUUGGAGAACACCUCUUGGCUAUUUUUUCAUAAACAGGGCGUCUGGAUAUUUGCACGCUCAGUUGCUUCGCCUGACGAUUGGCAAACUGAGUGACAUCGGGAUCACAGUUCUGGCUGUCACGUCUGAUGCUACAGCUCACAGUGUUCAGAUGGCAAAAGCAUUGGGGAUACAUAUUGAUGGAGACAACAUGAAGUGUACCUUCCAGCAUCCUUCAUCUUCUAGUCAACAGAUUGCCUACUUCUUUGAUUCUUGCCACUUGCUUAGAUUAAUAAGGAAUGCAUUUCAGAAUUUUCAGAGUGUCCAGUUUCUUAACGGCACAGCGCACUGGCAGCACCUUGUGGAGUUAGUAGCACUAGAGGAACAGGAAUUAUCGAAUCUGGAGAGAAUCCCAAGAAAACUUGCAAAUUUGAAAAACCACAUACUGAAAAUGAAUUGUGCUGCCCAGCUCUUCAGUGAGAGCGUGGCGGGCGCACUGGAAUGUUUGCUGUCUCUAGGUCUGCCUCCUUUUCAGAACUGUACUGGGACCAUCCAUUUCUUACGCUUAAUUAACAAUUUGUUUGACAUUUUUAAUAGUAGGAACUAUUAUGGAAAGGGAUUUAGAGGACCUCUCUUACCUGAAACUUUUAAUAAAAUUAACCAUGUGUUAAUUGAAGCCAAGACUAUUUUUGUUACAUUAGCUGACACUAGCAAUAGUCAAAUAAUUAAAGGUAAGCGAAAAUUGGGAUUCCUGGGAUUUUUGCUUAAUGCUGAGAGUUUAAAAUGGCUCUACCAAAAUUAUGUUUCCCCCAAAAUCAUGCCUUUUCCAUAUCUUCUGACUUACAAAUUCAGUCAAGAUCAUCUGGAAUUAUUCCUAAAGUUGCUGAGACAGGUAUCAGUAACCAGUUCUAACCUUACCUGCAUGGCAUUCCAGAAAGCUUACCAUAAUGUGGAGACCAGAUACAGAUUACAAGAUGAAGUUUUUCUAAGUGAAGUAAGCAUCCUUGACAUUUCAAUUGCUCGAAGGACAGACUUGGCCCUUUGGACAGUUCAGCGUCAGUACGGUGUCAGCAUUGUAAAGACUCUUUUUCACAAAGAGGAUAUUUGCUACGACUGGUCUGACUGUUUGCUAAGUGAGGCAUUACUAGACCUGUCAGAUCAUAGGCGAAAUCUAACCUGUUGUGCUAGUUACAUUGCAGAUAAAUUAUCAACUCUUUUAACAUGUGAGGACUGCAUCAGUGCACUCUAUACAUCGGAUCUCAAAACCUCUAAAAUCGGAUCACUGUUAUGUGUUAAAAAGGAGAAUGGUGUGCAUUUCCCUUCAGAAAGUUUAUGCCGAGUCGUAAAUAUUUGUGAGCGAGUUACAAGAACCCAUUCAAGAAUGGCAGUGUAUGAAUUAUUACCUCCUCAACAGAGGGAAUUUUAUCUUCAACAGAAAAUAUUACAUGAGCUUUCUGGGCAUAUUUAUCUUUUUGUAGAUUUAAAUGAGCAUCUCUUUGAUGGAGAAGUAUGUGCCAUCAAUCACUUUGUAAAGUUACUAAAGGAUAUAAUAAUCUGUUUCUUAAAGAUGAGAGCUAAUGAUCUAGCUCAGCCCCCUUUAAAACACAAUUCAGAAAAGACUGAAAUGAAAACUUUGUCAAGGAAACACUGGUCAUCUUUACCAAAUUAUAAAUGUUCAAGUUUUGCUAAUAGCAGUAAAUUCAGGCAUUUGCUAAGUAACCAUUCAAAUGAAGGGCCUAAAAUAAAUUAAAAAUUCUUAUUAGAAAUAAGUAGUCAACAUUUAUUUUAAUGUUCAACUUACCAUAUUUUACAAAUUGACCAUUCUGCACAGUGGACAAGUUUGCAGUUCUGUUUUACUGGAAUAUCUAUUAUGCACAUUACCACAUCUGCUUGGACUUCGGUAAGGCUUGCAGCGUUUCAGUUACCCAAAAUAUAGAAAGCAGUAAGUCAGUAGGAACAGACCAGCCAACAGGUGCUGUCUUUGAAUUUACUACUAUAUGACUGAGUAAUUUGACUGGACAUACUUUAAAAAUGAGAGAAUGACAACGAGGAGCCACCAAAACAUUGAGUCCUUUUAUAAAAAUUACCUAAAAGAGCAUUUGUUCACAGCUCUUAAGAAUAUUAACAGGAUACCUAUCAAACCUUGAACAUAAUCCUUAGUUACACAUGAAAAUCAAGAUACGAUUUGAAAAUUAGACUAAAUUAAACAUCAAACACCACAAAAAUCCAUUUGCUGGGGUACCCUGAAAUGGAAAUAAUUACGCUUUAUCAGGCAGAAGGUAAACACGUGAGCCAUGAGGUGGUUUUGUGCUGCAACUGAGCUGGGGAAUGUUGGGGACUUCAUGGGUGAUACCAUUUUCACAAUCCAUUGUCCCUGGACUUCAAGGUACCACUUUUGAAUGAUAGAAUGGAUACUUUCUUGACUCCUAUUGGAGGAACCCAGUGCUCAUCAGAGAAUGAGAAGAAGCCUUUACUUCAACUUCUGAAGUCCACUUGUGUUUGCAGGGAGGCUAAAAUAAUGAAACAUACUUUCAGUGUUGAAUAAUGGCAUUUCGUAGCAUGUGAUUAAUACAAUUGGAAAAAAUGAUCAGUUGAGACAAUGAGUAUGAGAAAAUUUGUCUUAAUUACAUAAUGAAUUUUUUCAGAAAUUUAGCAGAAGCUUAAAUAAUCGGAAGAUGGAGACUAAUACCGAGGACAAUUUUCUUCGUUCUCUCACACCCAGAUUUGAAAAGAUAAAUAGAAAACCAUGUAGGUAUAUGAACUUUCACAAAUUGGAGUAUUUUAAUGGACAAAAGAAUUAAUAGCACAUUAUUCACCUGUGUAUGUAAAAAUGUACUUAUUGUUACUGCGUGAAUGUUCAUAAAGUAUAGUUAAGAUGGAAACUUAGAGUUGUAAAAGAUUAAUGAUGAGCUAAAAGUUUUUAUUAAUUGAAAUUCUUCUUAAAUAGGAUAUUUUGAUAUAUUUUUGCUUGUUCUACCUCAAAGGCUUAAGUUUUGAAGUGUAACCAGAGCUGUACUCUUCUACAUUUUAUAUAAGGGCUAUUGCUGAGAAGUUUAAAUAGUGUGGUUUUAGUUUUGUUUGCAACAGAAUGAGUUUAGAUGCACCAGGAUGAAUCUCAAAGGAAGCCUGUUCAUAAAUCACCACCUUUGACUUACUGCUUAUAUAAAUCCAAGUUUUAUACUUGAUCUUUACUUAAACCUGGAUUCAUAUCUGUAGUGUCUUAUGUUCUUUGCUGUUACAUUUGACUAAUGUACUAUAUAUUCUAUAAUUUGUUAAAAUAGUGUUUUGCAUUAUUUAAGUGCUGGAUAAAUUGGACAAACAUUGAAGACAAGAAUCUUCUCAUCACUGCCAUUAGCACAGUUAAUUGCUCUUGUCCUAAUGAAAGUAUUCCAAGUCUGAUGUGAGAUUUACUUGAUAUGAUGAUAUGACAGUGAAAUUUUUAAAAUAAAUUAUUUGUUCAUAUUUAAUUAGGGUGAUUUAGUUUACAACUUCUACCCAGCACCCUUGUUCUUUAUUUCCUCUGGAGAAAACGAACAUUUCUUUCAGAAAUUUAUCCUUCCUACUUUCAGCAAAUAGUGCUGGAAUAGCCAGAUGUGCACAUGCAAAAGUAUUAACUCGAAAUGGAACAAAGACUUCAAUGUAAGAGGUAAAACUGUAGAACUCAGAAUAAAAGAGAGUAAAUCUUUGAAACUUGGAUUAGGCAAUAGUUUCUUAGAUAUGACACCAAGAGCAUAAGGUACACAAAAUAAAUCGCAUUUCAUCAAAAUUAAAAACUUGUGCUUCUACCAUCGUGGAAGUGAAACACAGCCUGUAGAAAAUUUUUGCAAAUCAUGUAUCUGAUAAAGGCCUUGCAUCCAGAAUAUACAGAGAACUCCUAUAACUCAAUAACAAAGGAAAAUAAUCCAGUUUUUUAAAUGGAUUAAAA